CUUUUUUUUUUACUAUUAAACAAACUUUUUCAUUAUUACUUGAGUCACCAACGUCGUGUCAUAGAUUUUUUUUGCUUAUCGUCGCCCCCAUCGCUUACAUUAUUUCUAUUUUCGUGUCUGCUGAACAACAUGCAAACUUGAAGCAGUCACGUAGGCUUCUGAAUACCAAAAAGGAGAACAAGGGGGACCUUAUUGCAUAUACAAAAAACAAUUGAGCCCACCCUGAUACAUUUAUUUCUUAUUUUACAUAUAGCGUCAUAUAGCGACCGCAUGCAGGCAAAUUUUGAAAGCCCGUAAUCAAUUUAUCCAUUCGCAAACAUAAUUUUUUUGUACAAAUAGGACGUUCCAGGGCGUCUGCUUCUCGUCCCUUCUUUUCUAUAUUUGCCCCCCGCAUCGCCUCUUUCACUUUCACUUUAAUCCAACCCUUUUUUCCUCCUUCCUAUUCACACACACAAACACUCCCACAACUAAUUUUCUCCUUCCUCGCACCAACACGAGGAUGGCAAUAUCAAUGGCUCUAUCGCCCGUCGCCUUCUCACUAUCCACUACCAGCAACAGCAACCACAUGACACCACCCUCGACCUCGCUACCAGCCACAACUGGGGGAUUCCGAAUGACCAACGCCCAGCAUGCCGACCGGCUACUCAAUGGAGGCGGCGAAAUGGCUGUUGCAACGCAUUACCCAGCCAUUCGCACAGCCAAUGCCUUCACAAUGCCUUUCGGCCGGCUAAUGAACGAGCAUCUGAGCAUGGGGACUGACAGCAGCAGGUUGGCAACUAUUAUUGGCGAAGUCAGACCGGCGGACGCACAUCCACAUAGUGUGGCAGGAUGCUGCAGCCACGAAGGCGACUACGAGACAGAAGCAGCAACAUACGAGGUGAUUAUUAGGCUGCGCAGUGGCAACGCCCAUUUGCCCAUUUUAAUGCUGCCAAGCCCGCUGCGCAGCCUGCCAUUCUGGCACUCGACCGGUGGCACCCGCAGAUGCAUCGUUUAUUUGGAGCCUCGUCGCGGCACACCAUUGUACAUGGCCAUUGAGAGGUUCUUCCGAGAUUCAGCAGCAACCUUUGGACACACGGAGGCACAUCAGUACCACCCACAUAGCUCCAUGACUGGCUUCAUCGACCUCGACGACCACACCUUGGGUGGCCAGCCCUCGGGCGUGGCCCUGGUGCGGAUUGCCAGCCAUCUGCAGGGAUUGGUUGGCCAGAUGCGUGACAUGGGCGUGCCACGGGUAGAAAAAGUGUCCACAGCCUACGAUUACCCCCAUGAGGGCACGCACAAAAUUGAGGUGAAACUGGAGACACCCGAGGCAUUCCGCUGGAUUGUCGAUGGCGUCGUCAAGGCUGUGCCGCAGGCCAGAAUUAGAGCAAAGCGCAUGGGUCAUAUUAGUCUGGCGUACUACAAUAAGCAUGUCAAGACUAAUAACCUGAUGUCGGUCGAGCAGGCGCGAACCCUGGAUGUCAUGGCUAGAGAUAUUAUUCAUGGUCAUGGCAGCGGGGUGUUUGACUCUGCUCGCAACCUGUGGGAUAUUGCAUUUUACGAGCUGGCAUUCAAGUCGGACGUGCUGUCGGCACCGCACCGCUUCAACCAAAUCGCGCGCUGGCAGCUGUAAGGGCGGCAGUGAGACGGAGGCAGAGGGGCUCUGUUGAGCAAUCGCUGUUAUUUUAUUUGCAACUACCACCACCGCCACCACAUCAUCAUUUGCAUUAUUAUUAUUUCAUAUUCUUACUAUAAUAUUUCGUUGUUAAAUAAAAAACAACCCCACUUUGUACACAAA